CUUAGCCACGCCCACUCCUGUAGUCCUCGCGCUUGAUCUCGUGAUAGCGGUCAGCUGAUAUAGCAUCUUCCAUGUCUCUAUUUAUGAAAAACAUGUUAUUCAGCUAGUUAAAAGGAGAACAACAUUCACUAAUAAGUCUCAACGACCACUGAAGAUGUUGUCUCGUCUGCUGAAGGAGCACCAGGCGAAGCAAAAUGAGCGGAAGGAGCAGCAGGAGAGACGCAGGCGUGAAGCUAUUUCUGCUGCCACCUGUCUGACAGAAGCCCUGGUAGACCACCUUAAUGUUGGAGUUGCCCAGGCGUACGUAAACCAGCGUAAACUCGACCAUGAGGUGAAGACUCUCCAAGUGCAGGCGAGCCAGUUCUCCAAACAAACUGCUCAGUGGAUCAGUAUGGUGGAGGGUUUUAAUCAGGCCCUAAAGGAAAUUGGGGAUGUGGAGAAUUGGGCCCGCAGUAUUGAGAUGGACAUGAGGACCAUCGCCACUGCUCUGGAGUACGUUCACAAAGGUCAACUUUAGUCUGCUUCCUCAUAAACUUCAUGAUGGGACGUUUAUAGCUGAAACUAAACACGCUGGAAUGAAACAGAAAACCCAGCUGACUCCUAUCAGCAAAGAUGCAAGCGGCAAUGUCUUUGCUCGUCUACGUGCUCGUCUGAGUGGGAUGAUACUGAUGGUUACUUUGUUCAGAGAAAUGUUCAAAGUCUUAGGUCUAACAUCUAUUUUGUAGCGACUUCACUUAAACAUUUUUGGCGGUCAGGUAUUGAAUACAUGGGGGGGGAAAGCCAAAUGUCAUUAUGGAUUUUUGAAGGUGUUGCAUGUAAAAACGUACUUGUUGUUGUUG